AUGCUGGCUUGGCAUGUGGUGCGCUGCAGGUGGGGGCCCCUUAGCGUGGUCCUCAGGCCGCCUGGGGAGCGACUCCGGAGGGGCGGCUCUUGCAGAACCCUGGUGCCGCCGCCCGCGGCCUGUUGCCUGGGUUGCCUAACUGAGCGCUGGAGGCUGCACCCAGCUGCAUUCGCCUUCUGGCUGGCCAGCGCCGGCCCGUGGAACCACUGCUUGGGCGCAGGGAAGGAGGCGGCCCCGGGGCGGAGGCAGGAGGAGGCGCUACCGCACAGGCCCUGGGUGCCUGUGGGUCCAGGCGAGCGCUGCCAGCUGUAUGGAAAUCCAUGGACAAUCCCAAAUAUGUUGUCGAUGACAAGAAUUGGCUUAGCCCCAGUUUUGGGCUAUCUGAUUCUUGAAGAAGAUUUUAAUGUUGCACUUGUUUUUUGUUUUUUUUUUUUUUUUUUUUUUUUUUUUUUUUUUUUUUUUUCUCUAGCUGGGCUAACGGUUGUCCCACUCACUUACAUGAUAAUUUCAAGAGAUGUAAUGUUGAUUGCUGCAGUGUUUUAUGACAGAUACCGAACUCUGCCAACACCGCGAACACUAGCUAAGUACUUCAAUCCUUGCUAUGCUACUGCUAGAUUAAAACCCACAUUCAUCAGCAAGGUAAAAACAGCAGUCCAGUUAAUUUUGGUGGCAGCUUCUUUGGCAGCUCCAGUUUUCAAUCAUGCUGACAGCAUUUAUCUUCAGAUACUAUGGUGUUGUACAGCCUUCACUACAGCUGCGUCAGCAUACAGCUAUUAUCACUAUGGUCAGCAAAUUGUUCAGGUGAUAAAGGACAAAUGA